AAAUAUACAAGACUACCACUGAAGAAUAUGCAAGACUACUACCAAAGAAAUAUGCAAGACCACUAAUGAAGAAAUGUGCAAAACUACGACUAAAAAAACAUGCAAGACUAUCACCAAAGAAAUGUGCAAGACCAUCACUGAAAAAAUAUGCAAGACUACUACCAAAGAAAUAUGCAAAACUACCUACCGAAGAAAUGUGUGAAACCACAUACCAAGAAGAAAAUCUAACAAUAGUACCAAUGAUGAUACCUGUGACAACGAAAAGAAAGAAAUGA